CUUUUGACAUUUGGAGAUUUCUGCAAGAAAUUAUUUUUUUGGCGAUUGGAUGGCGAGCACUUCUGUUCUGGAAACUGCUCAGAAAUCCCGUUAUUGUUAAUGUACCUAGGAAAACCAUCCAUCCUCUGAAUGCUCUAGGAACGUGGAUUAAAAGAGGAUGGGUGGUUUACUGUCAAAAGGAGCAGCGGCUAAAAAGGAGACUGACUUUAACAAUGGCAAAGCAAAUGAUUUGACUGGAAACCCCAAUAACACUGCCAACACUAGUCAAGGACUAGGCCCUACUCAACUUACUAGUCAUCAACUGGAACCCAGCAAUGGUAAUGAAGCAAUGCUCACAAGGAUGCACCAAGUUCCUGCUGUUGAUGCCUCUCAAAACAGAGAACAAAGCAUCCACAAGGAGGUGAACAUUUCACAGGAUGCUGACCCAGUAAAACAUAUCCCAUAUCUUCCCUCAGCUGUAAGAGUGACUCAACACAACAUGUCUCUUGCAAAACCUAAGGAUAACAAGACCAGUACUCCAAAACCAAUGCUCCAACAGGCUACACCUGCAAGACCAACUGCUGAGCCAUGUGAUGGUGUGAAAGGAACUGCAGGGAAAGCGGACAAUCUGAAGUCAGACAUCUUACAGAGACUUCAGGAUGUAUGUGAUGAAUUAAACAAGCAGCAGUCCUUCAGACCUUCAGCACAACAAGCGCAGCAACAGGCAAAACGUGUGCAGCACCAGAGAAAGCAACAGAAAAACAGACGGAUGACGUAUGACCAUACUCAACAUAAGGAAACUACGGAGGCACCACUACAGACAGUAAGGACUGUUGCACCCUGUGAGUCUGUCCAUAAUUCAGACGCAUCUGCCUCAGUCCAAGUACCGGCACAGGUGCUCUGCAAAGACACCUCACCUCAGGUAGAAUGCGGCUUUGGGAGUAAAAAGCAGCAAGAGAUGAUCCCUCAACUUCCUGCCUCUAAAAUGCAAGCACCUGUGCAUCAUCCAGGCAAGGGAAUGGUCAGAGAAGAAAUCCUGCACAGCAAAGAAGCGGAGACACACAGGAAAACAAAGAUCCACAAGCCACCAAGUCAAAAAUUCCAUCGUGUUCUCUCUCCUGUGAAGGAAGAGAGCACCGACUCGACCUGCCAGGCAACAGACGAGACCCACGAUAUUGCACAGCUAAACACAACCACAGAACAGGGUAUUGCUGAAGAGCCUGCCGCCAUGCCUACUAAGCCACCCGACCAUUCAAGACAAAUGUCAAGUCAGCCAAAGGCUCAGGACAACAAUGAGGAAAAUGCACUACACGAACACUGCUUGAACCGCGACAAUACCACCUACAUAGAUGGGGACUAUAUAUAUAUCUUCAGUGCCAAAUCAAAAAGCGGCCGUGUUAUAGCUUCCAAAAUGAGGCUAAGUCAGAAACUAGGAGAGGAAAUAAAGGCUCAGCUAGGAGAUGACGAUAAGAGCUCUGUCGCCACUGUGCAAGAGAGUCCACAGCAGCAAGGUGGCACUGUCAUGGAAGAAAACACAACCAAGAAACACAAUGAGCCACACCAAACACCUCAACCCAACAAAGCUGACAACGGGAGCACUUGCAUACAGAAAGUCAAGAUGAAAACGCCGGCAUCACAGGUCCCAGUAGUUGAAGGGUUACCUAGAGCUGCCGCUCAUAACCCAACAACAGACACAAGCAUCAGACUCCAGCAUGAACUUAAGGUUCCCCUACCUCAAGAUACUGCUGUUAGGCCAAAGACAAAAUGCACACUCAAUGCAUUCAAUCAAAACCAACCUAAGAAUACAGGAAAUGUCACGAUGAGAGAUGAAGAGAUGAAUGAGAAGAAUGGUCAGGUUGAAAAGGAAAAACAGGAGCAUGCCAUCAGCUCUGCAGUAAAUCCUGCUGCUGAGGGUCGCUGGCACCCGUUUACAGUGAAUCAGUCCUGCUCCAGCAAAGCGCGCUGUCGACAUAACCCGGGGACAGGUUUGCUACCAAACGUCCAAAACUGGUUUAAAGAUUGCCCACACCACCUGUGUGGUGACCAGAGUAAGACUCGCAGAUUGCACAGCUCCGAGAGAGACAGAGGAGGGAAAAGAUUCUCAUCAAUAAGACAUGGUAGGUUAAAGGACCAGUGUGUAGGAUUUGGCUCCAUCUAGUGGUGUGGUUGCAAAUUGAAACCAACAGAAUACCCCUCCGCUGACUCCUCCAUUUCCAAGACUGCGUUAACGCGAGCCGCCGAGUGCAAAACCGCAGUAACGCCAUUCAGUAACAGUACUUAAGGGGCAACGGAAGUCAGACGGCAGCUGGCGGUACCAUGGUUUUGCACUCUGCA